AUUCUUGUCACUGAGAUGAUUCUCGGCUUGAGCUGACACCUGUUGAGCUCGGCGACCCAUCUUGGCUCCCUGUAAGGAGAGAUGAGGGGCAAUGCUGACCCAAAUAUCUUUGAGCCACUCUGAGGACAAGAACUCUGGGAAGCAGGGGACAGAAGCAAUGGCCGAGGGAGAAGACAAGCCGAGGUGCUGGUGACCCUGGCCGUCCAAGUGGAUUAUCGGGGCUGCUCUCCGGGGGCCUGUCCUCCCGGCCUUCCAAUUGCACAUAACCCCACUUCCCAGCCAAUGAAGACAAGAGGCAGCGUGAACAAAGUCAUUUAGAAAGCCCCCGAGGAAGUGUAAACAAAAGAGAAAGCAUGAAUGGUGUGCCCGAGAGACAAGUGUGUCCUGCGCUGCCCCCACCUUUAGCUGGGCCAGCAGCAGCCCAGCCCUGCCUCUCCCCACCUACUCACUGGUGAUCUUUUUUUUUUUUUUUUUGGUAACUUUUUUUGUUCUUUUCUUUUCCAUUCUCUUUUCUUAUUCUCCUUCAGGGCAAGGCAAGGAUUUUGAUUUUGGGACCCAGCCAUGGUCCUUCUGCUUCUUCUUUAAAAUACCCACUUUCUGCCCAUCGCCAAGCAGCAUUUGGCAAUAUCAGAUAUCCGCUCUAUUUAUUUUUACCUAAGGAAAAACUCCAGCUCCCUUCCCACUCCCAGCUGCCUUGCCACCCCUCCCAGCCCUCUGCUUGCCCUCCACCUGGCCUGCUGGGAGUCAGAGCCCAGCAGAACCUGUUUAGACACAUGGAGAAGAAACCCAGAGCUACAAGGCACACAGUCGGCUUCUUCGUGCUCAGGGUUGCCAGCGCUUCCUGGAAGUCCUGAAGCUCUCGCAGUGCAGUGAGUUCAUGCACCUUCUUGCCAAGCCUCAGUCUUCGGGAUCUAGGGAGGCCGCCUGGUUUUCCUCCCUCCUUCUGCACGUCUGCUGGGGUCUCCUCCUCACCAGGCCUCCCAGCCCCCCUGGCCUCUCUCCCUGGCGCACACAUGAAGAUGCACUUGCAAAGGGCUCUGGUGGUCCUGGCCCUGCUGAACUUUGCCACAGUCAGCCUCUCUCUAUCCACUUGCACCACCUUGGACUUUGGCCACAUCAAGAAGAAGAGGGUGGAAGCCAUUAGAGGACAGAUCUUGAGCAAACUGAGGCUCACCAGUCCCCCCGAGCCAUCGGUGAUGACCCACGUCCCCUACCAGGUCCUGGCCCUUUACAACAGCACCCGGGAGCUGCUGGAGGAGAUGCAGGGGGAGAGGGAAGACAGCUGCACUCAGGAAAACACUGAGUCGGAGUACUAUGCCAAAGAAAUCCAUAAAUUCGACAUGAUCCAGGGGCUGGCGGAACACAACGAGCUGGCUGUCUGCCCCAAAGGAAUCACCUCCAAGGUUUUCCGCUUCAAUGUGUCCUCAGUGGAGAAAAAUGGAACCAACCUAUUCCGAGCAGAAUUCCGGGUCCUGCGGGUGCCCAACCCCAGCUCCAAGCGCAAUGAGCAGAGGAUUGAGCUCUUCCAGAUACUCCGGCCUGAUGAGCACAUCGCCAAACAGCGCUAUAUCGGCGGCAAGAACCUACCCACACGGGGCACCGCUGAGUGGCUGUCUUUUGAUGUCACUGACACAGUGCGGGAGUGGCUCUUGCGAAGAGAGUCCAAUUUAGGCCUGGAAAUCAGCAUUCAUUGUCCAUGUCACACCUUCCAGCCCAAUGGAGAUAUUCUGGAAAACAUUCAUGAGGUGAUGGAAAUCAAAUUCAAAGGUGUGGACAGCGAGGAUGACCACGGCCGGGGAGAUCUGGGGCGCCUCAAGAAGCAGAAGAACCACCACAACCCUCAUCUAAUCCUCAUGAUGAUUCCUCCGCACCGGCUUGACAACCCAGGCCAGGGGGGUCAGAGGAAGAAGCGGGCCCUGGACACCAAUUACUGCUUCCGCAAUUUGGAGGAGAACUGCUGUGUGCGCCCUCUCUACAUUGACUUCCGGCAGGACCUGGGCUGGAAAUGGGUCCAUGAACCUAAGGGCUACUAUGCCAACUUCUGCUCAGGUCCUUGUCCAUACCUCCGCAGUGCAGACACAACCCACAGCACGGUGCUGGGCCUGUACAACACCCUGAAUCCUGAAGCGUCUGCCUCGCCGUGCUGUGUGCCCCAGGACCUGGAGCCCCUGACCAUCCUUUACUAUGUCGGGAGGACCCCCAAGGUGGAGCAGCUCUCUAACAUGGUGGUGAAGUCCUGUAAGUGCAGCUGAGACCCGGCCUGCGACAGACACAGGAGCGGAGGAGCGCCAUUGCCUGACUGCCUGCUCCUCGGGAAACAAAAGCAACAGCUCUCACCUAGGGGCCUGGGGCCCACAACCUUCAGCUCCAGGCAGAUGGCUGAGAUGGAGGUCCCCUUUUGGGACAUUUCUCUUUCUUGCUGGCUCUGAGAAUCACUGUGGUCAGGAAAGUGUGGCUUUGGUUAGGGGAAGGCCGAACUCUUCAGAACACAGAGUUUCUGUGUAGACAGGUGGGCACAGAGGAAGAGGGAUGGCAGGUUGACACGUGUGGCAGUGGGAACUGGGGUACCCUAGGGAGGAGGAAGGGCAGAGAAUGGCUGGGACAGGGCCAGACUGGAAGACACUUCUGACCUGAGGUCAGAUUUGCUCAUCGCUGCCCCACAUCUGCUCUAGGGAAUCUGGAUCACAUUAUACAAGGCAAGCAUUUUUUUCUUCAGACAGGUUACCAAGACAAAGUCCCAGAAUUCUAUCUCAUACUGCCCAGUAUUAAGGACAAAUCUGUUAUUUUUGCAAAUUUUCCUCUUGAUGUCAAUCAGCAUUGAGGGUCAUUACAGGGAGAAAAUCCAGGUAAUGUAGUUCCUGGGCCAUCAACUCUAGUGGGCCCUAUGGAUAUGCUGAACUCAGAAGCACAAGCGGGUAAUUAACCCUCUCCUGUCUGCCCUCUGGGUCCCUCCUCUAACCUCCUUCUUCAGUCACAUUUCCCCUUGGACAUAUGGCUAGACAUCUUCCAGGCCAGGGUACACAGAUCUGGAUUUGGGGUCUCUGCAGCCUUGGGGCAUUAAAGGAUCCUCCUGUGCCCCCAAGACCCUGUGUCCAUCUGAUAUUUCUGGAAGCAGGUGCUACAUGUGAGGCAUGAGGGGCAGUGGCACAUGUGCCACACAGUGACUUGGCCCCAGACGCAUAGACUGAGGUAUAAAGACAAAUAUUACUCUCAAAAUCUUUGUAUAAAUAAAUAUUUUUGGGGAAUCUUG